AUGAUGUCUAAAGCACAUUCUAGUCACCAAGGUAUUGAAGCUUCCCUUCGUAAAGCCCGAGAUUCUAUCUACUGGAUAGCAAUGAACAGUGAAAUUAAAGAUUAUGUACAACAGUGUAGCAUCUGCAAUGAAUUCCAGUCAAAACAAACCAAGGAACCCUUAAUGAUACAUCCGAUACCAAAGCUACCAUGGAGUAAAAUAGGAACUGACCUAUUCUCAAUCGGAGACAAGGAUUAUCUCAUUACAGUCGACUAUUACUCUGACUUCUGGGAACUCAACGAACUCUCAUCUACUUCAGCAGAUACCAUCAUCAAAUGUCUGAAGAAACACUUUAGUCACCACGGGAUUCCAAACACUGUCAUAAGCGACAAUGGGCCGCAAUUUACAAAUGACGCGUUUAGGAACUUUGCAAAUGAAUGGGAUUUCGAACAUUCAACCAGUUCACCCUACCACAACCAGUCAAAUGGAAAAGCGGAAUCUGCCGUGAAAAUAGCAAAAGGGAUCAUCAAAAAAUCAAUGAAGGAAAAGGAAGACCUUUGGAGAGCCAUAUUAGACUGGAGAAAUACCCGAACUCAAGACAUGGGAUGUAGUCCUGCUCAGCCGCUAAUGUCAAGAAGAACAAGAUCAUCUCUUCCAAUCGCACACCAGCUUCUUAAACCCGAUUUCAAAAAAAUGUACAAACCAAGAUCAGGAUCAAGAGAAAGACGUCGAAACGGUAUUAUGACAAAGGAACAAGACCACUAG